AGUGUCUUACCAGCUCCUUGCUCGACACCCUAUCCGCCUUGGACCCAAACAAGGUACCAGCAAGAGGCACUCCGCGAUGUCGACGGACGAAAAGCACGUUCAAGAUCCAAGUGUCUCCGAGGUGGACGAGAAGGGACGUGGCCCUCAAGAGUCAACCUCCCAAGUUGACGUCGGGUCUGAAUUUGACCUCGUGUCCUACCAUGAGCAUAAUGCUGGACGCUUGGUCGUCGACCCCGAGGAAGCCAAGCGCGAAUUUGGUGAAGCUGUCGCUAGCCGUCUGAAGUUGUCAAAGGACGGGACGAAGGUCCUUUGGCCGCAGCCUCUAGAUGACCCUGACGAUCCUCAGAACUGGUCAAAUGUCCGCAAGAACUUCCAGCUGCUCAUCAUCACCCUGGCUGCCAUUACGCCAGAUUUUGAGUCGGGAAUUGGUAUUGCGGAUAUCUUCGCCCUUGCGACGCAAUUCAAUACGACCACUGGACACAUCAACGAUCUUACCUCGAACUGGAGUAUUUUCCUCCUCGGAUGGGGCGGUAUUUUCGCCGUGAUGCUUAUGCGCAGGUUCGGCCGUCUCCCCAUCCUGUUCUGGUCGCAAAUUCUCUCGUUGGGUUGGCUUGUGGGAUGCACCUUCGCACCUAAUCUGAAUACAUUCACUGCUAUGCGGUGUUUGAACGGAUUCUUCGCAACAUGCCCGCAAGUCACUGGUCUUUACAUCGUCACGGAUCUAUUCCCCUUCCAUCUGCAAGCGAGGAAGCUCAACAUCUGGACCAUGGGUUUCAUCAUCUCGCCUUUCCUGUCGCCCUUCAUGAUGGGCUUCAUUGUGGCUCGCAUCAACUGGAGGUGGACGUACGGCAUAGGUGCCAUCUAUGGUACAUUCGUCAUUUUCAUGAUUGUGUUCUUCGGCGAGGAGACCAUGUAUGACCGCAAGCUCCCGAACCCCCACCCCAUUCCUCGUCCCCAGUCGCGUCUGCGCUACCGCAUUGAGACUUUGCUCGGCAUCACGGGCGCGCGCAUGGCGAAGUACCGCGACAGCUGGCGCCAGGCCGUCUUCUCCAUCCUCAAUGUCGUCUGGAGGCCGCACUUGCUUAUGAUCCUGCUCUUUGAGGCGUUGGUAUUCGGUUUCUCUAUUGGUAUCAACACCACGAAUGCUGUGUUCCUUGGGAGCCCUCCGCCCGUAGGGUUCGGGUUAAGCCAGUUCGGCAUCGCCGGUGCCUACGGGACCCCUAUUGUCGCUGUCCUCAUUGGAGAGGUUCUCGGUCGUUAUUUCAACGACUGGGUGAUGUAUAUGUCUAUUCGACGCAACAACGGUGUCUUCAUUGCCGAGAACCGUCUAUGGACAUGCUAUAUCGCCGUUGUGCUUUAUAUCGUUGGCUUUGUCGUCCUCGGAUCCGCCGUACAGAUGCACCUCAGUCUUGGCGCGCUCGUCAUGGGCUGGGGCAUUGCCGAGGUCGCUGUCAUGAUCAACACUGUCGCAGUCUACGCCUACUGCAACGACUGCUUCCCGCGGAACCAGGGAGAGAUUUCCGGUCUCGUGAACCUCGCGCGUACGCUCGGCGGGUUCAGUGUCGCGUACUUCCAGGUGCCGUGGGCGACGAAGAAUGGCGCGCUGCAGACGUUCGGCGUCGAGGCUGCGAUCGUGACGGCCCUGUUCUUACUUGUCGUGCCUGCGCUCCAGUGGAAGGGCGCCAUCCUGAGGGAGCGCUACUCGAUUUAAUGCCCUGUAUGCUUAUGCCUUGACGUAAUGACGGCUAGAGGAAUCUGGGCUUGGGAUGUUCCGCUUUGCACGACUUAGUUUUGCGUUGUCAUGUGUAUGUUUUGAUGCUCCAUUGAGUUAUGCUUGAGGGUGUUUAGCCAUGCUAGUACUGUCCAGGAGAGCACGCAGCUU